CGCCACGCGCUCCGGGUCCGCCGCUCUCCCCACAAAGCGCGCGAGUCCCAGGGACCCAGCCCUCCGCGCAGGACCCGGGCCGGGGCCGCUGGUCUCCUGCCCUCGGCGGUUUCCCGUUCGCGGCGGGGUCGGCGGCGAGCAGGUUCCCACGGCCCCUCCGCCGGCUCGCGGGCGGGCGCGCGGGGAGCGGCGCGGGGCGGGGCUCCCGGAGGCGGGGUCCUAGGUGCGGGGCGAGCCCGGGCCGCCGGCCGUUCUGUGUCGCCGCCGCCGCCGCCGCCGCCGGAGCCCGCGUUCGGACCCGAGAUGACGGCGUGCAAGCGGGUGGCGAAGGAGCUGGAGGAUCUGCAGAAGGACCUUCCCCACUACCUGCGGAACCUGUCCAGUGAUGACGCGGAUGUCCUGGUGUGGGAUGUCCUCCUCCUGCCCGAGAGGUCGCCCUACAACCUCAGGGCCUUCAACGUGCGCAUCAGCUUCCCCGAGGACUAUCCGAUGAGUCCCCCCACGGUGACGUUCACAACCAAGAUCUACCACCCCAACGUGGGCGACGAUGGCCAGGUCUGCCUACCCAUCAUCAGCCAUCAGAACUGGAAUCCUUCUACCAAGGCCUACCAAGCCUUGAAGGCCCUCAACGAGCUGGUGAAUGAGCCGAACCUGGCGGAGCCCCUGCGCCUGGAGCUCGCCGACCUGCUGACACUGGACUCGGAGAAGUUCCACAGUGACGCUGAGAAGUUCACCCUCCAGUUUGGAGUACCCCGGCCCUCCUAGCUCCGGUCCUGGCCCUCUGCACCGGGUCGUGUCCGUGCAUCGGACGGACACACCGCACGGACUGGGGCCGGAGCCUCUUGGUGGCCCACGUCCUGCUCAGUUUUUCUGCGUUUUUCCUUUCUCAGGUUGUUAGUUGUUAGUUGUGUGUGUGGUACGUGUGGACCACAGGUGUGCUUUCCAUUCCGUUCCUGUCCCCCAGAGCCAGGCAGUUUAGGUUUGCAGAGUCACAGGCCUGCAAGUGGCUCCAUCUUAGAGAUCCCCUUCCAGGCCGGGCCGUGAGCCAGUCAGCCAACCAGAAAACCCCUGGGACCCAGGCUUCUGGGGGGAGUGGGUGCGGGAGGCGGGCACAUGGAAGGGAGUUCCCUUGCAAUUGGGUGGUUUGUUGAUUACAUUAUCAGUCGGGCUGUGUAGAUUUAAGUGCUAAACCUCUUUCCCACCGAUGAAUCACUAAGGGAAGAAUCUCAUCCUUGUCCCAGAAAUCUGAUUACACAGUUUCCAAACCACUUGCAGUCCCAUUAGGUUGGGGGCCAGGCUUCAGGCUGGGAGGCGUGGCCCCUUCAGCUUCCAGUCAAGGGGGAGUCACAGAAACCAUGUGUUUUUCCAGCCAUUAAAGUCUCAGAUGACUUGUGGA